AUGGCACCCAUGAGCACUGCAAGAAUUGAGCAAUUGAUAGCUCAACGCGUAGCUGAAGCAUUGGUAGCUGCAGAAGCAGCUAGAGAGAUUGGAUCAGGGAGUCAGAAUGGAACGGGCAGCACCCCCGCAAGGCUCAACAAUGGAUCACAGAAUUGUAGUUUCCUAGAUUUUCAAUAUUGCAAGCCCCAAAAUUUCCAUGGAACAGAAGGUGAAGUAGGGUUGCUUAGGUGGUUUGAGAAAAUGGAAACUGUUUUUCGCAUAAGUAACUGUGCAAAUGGAGAUAGGGUUAAGUAUGCUACUGGUACCCUACUAGACGGUGCCCUAACCUGGUGGAACACUUAUACCCAAACUAUGGGAAUUGAUGCUGCUUAUGAAACACCGUGGGUAGAUUUAAAACGAAUGAUGACUGAGGAGUAUUGCCCCCGAACAGAAAUCCAAAAGUUGGAGGUAGAAUUUUGGAAUCUGAAGGUAAAAGGUACAAAUAUGCAGGAGUAUACAAACCGCUUCAAUGAGUUAGCUCUUUUAUGUCCCACCAUGGUCAGUCCAGAGUAUAAAAGGAUCGAGCGAUACAUAUGGGGACUUCCACAACCAGUUCAAGGAAUGGUGACCUCCUCAAAACCAGAUAACAUACAAAGUACUGUCCGAAUGGCUCAUGACCUCAUGGAACAAAUUAUCCGCCAGGGAACAACAGUGAAGUCGUCAGAAGUGAGGAAUGUUGAGAUAAAGAGGAAGUGGGAAGGAAAUGUUGGAAAUAAUAGGAGAAACUUUGGACAUUUCCCCAAUAAGAGACAAGAUGUGGUCAGGGCAUAUAAUGUUGGACCCAAUGUGAAAAAGGGGUACACUGGAAACCACCCCUAUUGUAAUAAAUGCAAUCAACACCACACUGGUCCAUGUACCAUAGUUUGUGCAAGAUGUAAGAAAAUGGGACACAUGGCACGAAACUGUAGGAGUCCAGCUCCUGCACAAGGUAAUCUUGUACAAGGUCCUCUUGCACAAGGAGCUGGAGGAAGUGGAGUGGUUAAGAAUGUGACCCCUGGGUCAUGCUAUGGAUGUGGAGAAAUGGGUCACUUCAAGCCCAACUGCCCAAAGUUGAAAAACAAGAAUGCUGGCCCAGCUCGUGGGCGAGCUUUUGUCAUCACAGCGGUAGAAGCCCGUCAGGACCCCAAUCUGGUCACGGGUACGUUCUUACUGAACAACUGUUAUGCUUCUGUCUUAUUUGACACUGGUGCUGAUAAGAGUUUUAUAGCUAAGGAAUUCAGUUGUACCUUAGAUUUGGCAAACAAACCAUUUAAGAUAGAUUUAAUACCGGUAGAACUUGGAAGUUUUGAUGUAGUUGUUGGGAUGGAUUGGUUAGCAAGUAAUCGUGCGGAAAUUUCUUGUCAUGAGAAGAUUGUUCGUAUUCCUCUCUCGAAUGGUGAAACACUAAUAAUACAAGGUGAAAAGAGCGGCACGAAAUUGAACAUCAUUUCGUGCAUGAAGGCUCAAAAGUUCUUAAGAAAAGGGAAUCAUGCGAUAUUGACACACAUAAAAGAGAAGAAGCUGGAUGAAAAACGACUUGAAGACGUGCCCAUUGCACGCGACUACCCUGAGGUUUUCCCUGAAGACUUACCUGGACUCCCUCCAUCGAGACAAGUGGAGUUUGGCAUUGACUUAGUGCCUGGAGCCAAUCCAGUUGCAUGA